GGAUACUUCCGGCACAACAUCAACGAUCAUGUACACUCAUAUCCUUGACAGGGACACAUGUCGUGCAGCAUGCCCACCUUGCUCAUGUUAUAGCGUUCAGCGCAGAAUCAAAUUCAAACAAGAAUUGAUUGUCGACUUUCCUCAUUCGGCAGCAUUUGAUGGAUAUAUUAUUGUGAAAUAUUUAUUCCGAAUGGAAAAGAAAGUUACAAUAAUGACACAAGGAACAGACCUUAAGAAUUCAACAAAAAAUACUAAGGCCAUUUCUGCAGAAGCAAAGGCAAUAGGUUUAACAAAUGGAAAUGCAAAGAGCGUCUCCUCAUCACAUUCGAAUCCAAUUUUUGGUUCGAGACGUUUGAGCGGUUCUCCAGUACCUUUAAAUGAUGAUUCAACUAAUGCCUCAGUAAAGAUCGCUAAAAAAGCCGCAAAAACUUCAAGUGUUACGAAAUCCACAUCGACAAAGUCAUCACAGAACCUAAAUUCAUCCCCAAAAAGGGCAUCAAGGGUUAUGUCUACAAUGACAGAUGCAUCUAAAACAUCAUCUACAGCACCUUUCAAGUCGCGCACUUUACCAUUACCUACAAAAAAUGGAUCAAAAGUGAGCCCAUUAUCUCCAGAAUCUUUUACUAUUGAUCCAUUCUCAAUGAUUUUAGAUGAUAAAAUGCAAAAGAUAUCUUCAUCAAACACCUCUUCAGAAAUUGAUGGAAUCUUUCCGACUGUUCAUCCUUCUUCACCUGCCUUAAAAUCAGUUAAUGUCAAAAAUACAAUUGCUACAUUAGAAAAGAAAGUGACACAAGGCGGUAGCCUUCCAGCAUCAACUAGUGAAAUUUCGACAACUCCAACAAGUUUCACUGAUACAAACUUAGAAUAUAUGGAUAUGGAACAGCUAGAACAAUUAUUCCUUAAUGGAACACGAUCCCCAUCAAAUGUAUCGAAUUAUUCAUCAAAUACUCCCCUGAAGUUGGAUAUUCCUUUCGAUUUAUCUGAUGUAUCUUGGAAAGAUGAUGUUAAUAUUGAUAGUGAUACUCAUAAAAUGUCAAUAGAAACGAGUUAUCAUUUUACUGAUCCAGAUGAACAGUUACGAAAAGGUUUGUCUAUGAUACAAGAAGCUUAUAAUCGUAAAUCUUUUUCGGUAUCCGCUAGUCUAUGUGAUGGAGAAAAAGGAAAGCGAAAUAAAAAUAAGAGUGAGAUCGAUAAACUUAAUCAAAAAAUUCGCGAAUUGAGUGAGGCUCUUAUUAAGGAAGAAAAGGAAAAAAAUAUGUUGUUAAUUUCAAAGAAUACAAUAACUGAUCGAUAUAAUAAAUUAUGGAAUGAGCAUCGAAAUUGUGUAAAUAAAUUGGCAGGUAUAGGAACUAGUAACAAUAUUAUUACAGUUAUUAAUAGCGGUAAACAAGAAAUACAGAAUUAUCUGAAGACACUUGAACCUGAUGAGAGACAAGCUCAAUUAGCCGAAUUUCUUGAAUGUUGUCAUCCCCAUGACAUUCAUGCACAACAAGCAAUAUUAGAACAUUAUGUAAAGACAACUUUUGACGUAGUUGGAACACUACCAAAUGAACUAGCUACUAAAAUUCUUUCGCUAUUAUCAGCCGAAAAUCUUUGUUGUGCUAGAGAAGUAUCGAGACGUUGGCGAGAAAUGGUUAAUGAACCUAACCUUUGGAAAGCAAAAUGUUUAUCAGCUACUCAAGAUGACCCUGUCACUCUUACAUAUCCUUCUGAUCCUAAACAAUGGGAAGAAAUUUAUCAUGGUCUUCAUUAUCGUGAACACAAUUGGGUUCUUGGUAAUGUGCAAUCCGUUAAAUUCCUCAAAGGGCAUACUGCAAAUGUUACUGCGAUGAAAUUGAAAAAGACUACACUAGUUACUGGAAGUUAUGAUGAGACCGUACGAAUCUGGGAUAUGAGAAAUGGUAGAUGUGUAAAAACUUUACAGGGUAAAGCUGUAAGUUGUGUUGAUUUCGUACUAGAAUUGAGGAUGGUCGCUGCUGGAUUUAAUGAGCAAGGAGUACAUGUUUGGCACAUGGAUUCAGGUGAAGUAUUGCUGACAUUGUCAGCACAUAAUCGUGGUAUCAAGAGUUUGUCGAUGAAUAAAAAAUACAUAGUAACAGCGGGCCAUGAUAUGUCAGUCAUUGUGUGGGAUUUGAAAGAAGGGGUAAAAUUGCAUACUUUCAGAGGAUUUGGUAAUAUGCUUCUUGGGAUUCAGCUUUUGGGUGACAACAAUCUGAUAACUACAAAUAGUGAUGGUUGGAUUCGUACGUAUGCACUUGAAGAGAAGCUCCAAAUUCAUCAAUAUAAAAUCCCCGAUAACUCGCAUAUCCAAUGGUUCUGUGCGUCUGGAAUGGAAAUAACAUGUUCAACAACUCGUACAGUCUAUAAACUUCGAUGGCAAAACAAAUACAUUAAAACAGGAAAAAAGACAGAAGGUGUAGAUGAAAUCAUAAUUGAACCAGAUUUGUCUACGGAUCCUGUGAUAAAACAAAAGAUUACAUCGGAGGCGGAAAUAUUUUGUGGAAUAGCUGAUAGUUCUAAGGAUAGGGUCAUUUUUAGUACGAGAUUUAAUAGCAGAACACAUAAUAAUAAAAGUAUAUACGUUUAUUCGCAAGAGAAAGGAAUUAAUAGAUUUGGAGGAUUGUGGGAAAGCAUGGCUGAUCAAAUGACCACAAACAAUAUGGGACCUAUAAGUAUGGAUGUUGAUCAUGAAAAAAUUGUCAUCGGGUCAGUGGGAGGAAUAGUUUAUAUUUUGGGCUUUGUUGGUGAUAUGGAAUAA